AUGCAAGUAAUGCUAGCUCUUCCAUCGGCUUCAGUUGAUGUUCAAUGCAAGCAAAUCUCGUUCGAAGCUAUUUUGCAGAACGAAGAUGUCAGCGAUCAUGCUAUAGUGCACUUGCAGCUUGCAUCGAUAGCGCAAAAGGCGAAGGCCAUUGCCAAGGGAAAGGCGUGCGAUUUGCGAAAAAGGGCGCGAAACAAGAGCGGCGGACCGGCGAGAGAAGGAGGGGAGAAUUUGACGGAGGGCACCGGUCGAAGCCCCGAAGACGGAACGGAAAGACAGCAUGGUGUCGGUUGGCGGAUAGAUGGUAAUUCUAUAGCCGCCGAAAAUCUGCGAGAGAAUGGAGGAUCUCGAGGGAAUCUAGACUCGAGACAGCUAAAUUGGCACCUCUCUUCCUCGAAUGUUCGGAAUCCCUUCGGAGCAAAUGCUGGCCGGAGUUACUGUACCGCCGAGAUCCGAUGUCCGACCAAUCAUGUUAGACUGCGACUAUUCCGAAGCAUCUACUAUAAACUACAGCCAGACGAUGAUUAG